AAUUUCGUCCAUCUUUCGUUGGCCAACGACGGAGGAAAAGAAAAUGAAUCUACAAAUUCUACGAACCAAUAACCGAACGAUCCUCCAAGAACACUACAACCAUUCGAUUCGAUUGCCACUCCCAUUCCGUAUCCGGAUCCUGUCGUCCUGCCGGAGGUAUGAGCUCAGUCGAAAUAUCCGCCGAACCCCAGCCGCUUUCCUCCGCCAAUGCGCGGAAUCUGAUCGAUUCCGUUGAGGCCUUUCUCUUUGAUUGCGACGGUGUUAUAUGGAAGGGCGAUAAGUUGAUUGAUGGCGUCGCUGAUACGCUUGAAAUGCUUAGGUCUAAGGGGAAGAGGUUGGUUUUUGUCACUAACAAUUCGUCGAAAUCAAGAAAGCAAUAUGCAAAGAAGUUCCAUUCCCUUGGAAUUUCUGUUUCUGAGGAUGAAAUAUUUUCCUCCUCUUUUGCAGCUGCCAUGUUCUUGAAAGUCAAUAAUUUCUCCCCAGAAAAGAAGGUCUAUGUCAUAGGCGAAUCAGGUAUCAUAGAAGAACUUGAGCUUGCAGGAUUCACUGGAGUUGGUGGUCCAGAAGAUGCCAAAAAAACUGCAGAUCUCUACCUAGAUUGCUCAAUUGAGCAUGACAAGAGUGUUGGAGCAGUUGUGGUUGGAUUAGAUCGGCAUAUUAAUUAUUACAAGCUUCAGUAUGCUACAUUUUGCCUUCGUGAGAAUCCAGGAUGCCUCUUUAUUGCUACUAAUCGCGAUGCCACAGGGCAUUUAAAUGCAUCACAAGAAGUCCCUGGUGCCGGUUGCAUGGUCGGUGCAAUGUGUGCAUCAUCUGAGAAAGAACCCAUUGUGGUCGGGAAACCAUCAACAUUUAUGAUGGACUUUUUAUUGAAAAAAUUUGAAUUUGGUUGCUCUAAAAUGUGUAUGGUCGGUGAUAGACUGGACACAGACAUUCUCUUUGGCCAGAGCACUGGCUGCAAAACACUUCUUGUCUUUUCAGGGGUAACAACUCAAUCCAAUCUUCAAGAUCCCUCCAAUCAUAUUCAACCAGAUUUUUACACAUCCAAGAUGUCUGACUUGUUGGAAUUAUUGGGUCCAUGACGAAGAUUGUUCUUGCACUUGCACCAGAACUCCUGACUUAUUAGUAGAUCAGUCACAAUAAAGCCAUUACUUUUAACUGUUAGAUGCAGAGUCAAUUCAACUAUAUGUAUUUUGUCUAGAUUAUUACAAUUGUUGCCAUUGGAUCCCUUGAUGAUGGAUUUGUGGGGUUAGCCGAAUCUCAUUUUUUUCCCACGCACAUUGAAUAAAUUAUGAUGGGGUAUCAUUACAUUACUCUGUUUAAGUUCA